AUGCAAGAGAUUGAAGGGCAUAUGUUUGAAGUUGUUUGCACUGGGGAUAUGCUAGCAACCGAGAUUGGAGCUCUUAUGCUAGCAACCAAGAUUAGAACUUUUUGCAUGGUUUUUUUAAAUCUUUUAAUGUUGAUAAUGUUUUUGUUUAUGCAACAAGGAAUGGUCCUAAUCAUUUAUGCAAGAAGGGUGUGCAGGAGAAAUUAA